UCCAAGACUAUAUGAAGUUCCCUGUUCUUGCUAAGAGAUUGUCACUUCUGGGUGGGAAACAAACUUCUGCUAGUUCAUUUAAUUGGAGAAAAGGUGCCAAAUGUUUCCUCUCUUGUUUUUGACUUUUGUUGUAGCCAUUAAGGUAUUCAAGAAAACAACUCCAAAUGGGAAAGUCACAGUUUAUCUUGGUAAAAGGGAUUUCAUUGAUCAUUUGGAUAGCAUAGAUCCCAUUGAUGGCAUUGUUGUUGUUGAAAAUGAUUAUCUUCAGGGACGAAAAGUUUAUGGACAGGUAACAACAACUUUUCGCUAUGGACGCGAGGAAGAUGAAGUUAUGGGUGUCAAGUUCAGUAAAGAACUUGUUAUAUGCCGGGAACAAAUAGUUCCACUAAAGAAGGAAAAACAAGAUAUGACACCUGUUCAAGAACGUCUUCUGAAACGUCUUGGAGCAAAUGCAUAUCCAUUUUUAUUUCAAUUCCCACAAAGUUCUCCUAGUUCUGUUACAUUGCAACCUGGAGAUGAUGAUCAAGGAAAGCCAUUAGGAGUAGAAUAUACUGUCAGGAUAUAUGUUGGUGAACAUGAGGAAGAUAAGGGGCACAAAAGGUCAUCUGUUGCAUUAGCUAUAAAGAAAUUGCAAUAUGCUCCACCUACAAGAGGACGUAAAUUACCUACCUCCCUUGUUUCAAAAGGAUUUACCUUCUCUCAAGGUAAACUGAAUCUGGAAGUUACACUUGAUAGGGAGAUCUAUUAUCAUGGAGAAAAAGUAGCUGCAAAUGUCAUAGUUACUAACAACUCUCGAAAGGCAGUCAAAAAUAUUAAGCUCUUUGUAGUACAACACUGCGAGGUGACAAUGGUUAAUACUCAAUUUUCUCGACACGUGGCUAGUUUAGAAACACGUGAAGGUUGUCCAAUCACACCUGGAGCAUCCUUUACAAAGCAAUUUUAUCUUGUUCCAUUAGCUAGUAGCAAUAAGGAUCGUCGUGGAAUUGCUCUUGAUGGCCAUUUAAAGGAUGAUGAUGUGAAUCUUGCAUCUUCAACUAUGGUGGCAGAUGGUAAAACUCCUAGUGAUGCUAUGGGCAUUGUCAUCUCUUACUCCAUACGAGUAAAGUUGAAUUGUGGCACUUUAGGAGGUGAAUUAGUUACAGAUGUUCCAUUUAAACUAAUGCACCCAACUCCUGGAACUGUAGAAAAAGAAAGGGCUACUUUGAAAAAGAAUAAGAGUAUUGAAAGGACACGAUAUGAGAAUUCUUGUUAUUCAAAUGAUGAUGAUGACAAUAUCGUGUUUGAAGACUUCGCUCGUUUGCGCUUAAAUGAACCAGAGUAAAAAAAAGAACAUUUGCAAAAGGAUAAAUACUUAUUUUGAAAGAAUCUUAGAUUCACAAUUCUUUGUAGUAAAUUUAAAACAGAGUAUAAUAGAAUUAUAUGCAUAUACAUAGAAUUUGUUGAUUCUGGGAUUCUUUUGAUAUGAGUUAUGUCUAAGAAUUGAAAGAAUAAUAAGAGGUACAGAAGGCAAACAAAUUAUAAUAUCCAUAUGCGCUCAUUGGUAUAUAGAAUCGAAUAUUAAUAUAUCAAGAAGGAUGUAACAAAAAAAGUACAAAAAAAACGGAAAGCAUUAUAAAAAAAUUUAUAUCGUCUUAUAAUUUCUACCCGGUGGUGGUGGUCGGUUAGAAAUUCACAUAAAGGCGAAAAAAAAAAUUAAGUAAGCUUAAUAAAUAACUUGUAUUCGAUUAAGAUUAAAAUCUUCCCACCUUACCAGAAGUGACAUGUAUGUUAUUAUCUUUGAUUUAUGGUGAUUAUAACGUGUCUGUAAAUGUUCGUUUAUUACAAACUAAUGACAUUGUUAAGCCAUAUCUGUAUAUUAGAAGAGAAAUAAAAAUUUCGAAAUAUUAA